GUAUUAAAAACACCUCUGUAAUCAUCAAAAAUCUCCUUAAAAUCAUAAAAAAACCCCUCAAAAGUUAUCAAAAAAUCCCUAAUAGGGGUGUUUUUAAUACUUUCUAAAUCUUAUAGGGGAAGAAAAAAAUCUUUUAAAGAAAUACAUCUGAAUUCUGAGGAGGCAUUGAUAUGAAAUCGCAAAAUAACGACGUCGUUUUCUGACCCAAAUCGCCUUCGUCUUCCCAGAACUACUCCAAUCAGUGUCCUGAACGCGUGUUCUUGAAAAACACACGAGAAAUGGACGCCGGAGAAUCGUCAGAGGAGCAGACAGAACAGGUGAUGAGUGAGGUCCACGUGGGCUGUCCACCUCACUCCCCUGGACCCCACAUCUCACACUUCACCAUCUCCCUUCCACCUGAAGUUGAACCCACAAGAUUCAACGAGCUGUUUAAAACUGAAACUGAAGCAGCUGAAGAUGAUGAUGCAGUGUGUGAAGUACAAGUAAUAACCUUCGACCGAGAUGGUGAUCUUGUUUUGCCUAGACGAGAAAGCGGCCGCAAGCAGUAUAGACAGUUUUUUAAAAUGACCAUCCAGCACAAUAUUACAUCAUCAAUUCCAAGCGUUGGUUUGCAGGUAUGGAAAGCAGAAUUAGUGUUAUCAGAUUUUGUGAUGCAUAAGAUGUGCACUUCUUCUGAAUUCUAUGGAAUUGUUUCAUUAGAACUUGGUGCUGGAACAGGGCUGGUUGGAAUGUUGCUUGCACGUGUUGCUCGAAAAGUUUUCCUCACAGACUAUGGUGAUGAAAUCCUUGACAACUGUGCUAAAAACAUUGAACUUAAUUCUGGAGUUUUCGAUCGUCGAGGUUCAGUUAAUGUACGUGAACUGAAUUGGAUGAAUCCCUGGCCACCAAAUAUAAGCUUGGCUGAUUCUGCAUCACAAAGGUAUUCUUGGAACCAAUCAGAACUAGAAGAAGUGAAAAGAGCUCAUUUGCUUGUUGCCGCCGAUGUUAUAUACAGUGAUGAUCUGACUGAUGCUUUUUUCAGUAUUUUAGAGAGAUUAAUGUCGCUGGGUUCAAAAAAGGUAUUAUACUUGGCACUAGAAAAGCGUUACAACUUUAGUAUCAGUGACCUUGAUGUUGUGGCAAAUGGUUAUUCACAUUUCAGAAGUUAUCUGAGAGAGGAAGGAGAAAGUAAGAGUCCUGAAUGUGGAUCGACACCUUGUUUUGUGGGUAAACGCAUUGAUCUUAAUGAAAUUCCUCAAUAUGUAAAAGAGUAUGACAGAGGAAGUGAUGUUGAGCUUUGGCAGAUAAAGUAUAACAAAAAGUAAACCCUAAUCUGGAGACUCCUGUGACUUGGAUUUUGAAGUUAUUAUGAGCAUAAAGGACUGCUUGCCGGUAAUCAAUCUCUUUCUGCAAUUUAACUUCGUAGUUCAUAACUCCAUAGCGAUCUGUUCUGAUGCUUGUGCAACAUGUACCAAGAUCUUAAGAGAACCAAAUUUAACGAUACGGUCAGUAAUUGAUGAAAACAAAAAAUUAGAAGGAAAUAAAUCAUAACCAUAUAUUACAUUAUUUUACAAGUGUCAUGAGAUUUUUAAAAGCUCAAGAGAGCUCAGAGUAGGAGACAAUCCUAAUUGGUAUUGUAAUUCCUUGUAUUUUUAAUAGAUUCGAGUGUUUGAGAUAGAGAUAUUUACCUCAAUAUGUU